GCAUAGUUGUAUGGCCAAGGUAGAUGCAGAUGACUUCCCAGGAUGCCCUGCUUGCUGGUGCUCCAUCCACCAGGGCGGUUACAAGUCGUCAGAGAACUAGAAACAUCAGCCACCUCGAGGAGGUGCCAGGCUCCACAUACACCAAACACAGCCAGGCUGAGUUUGAUUUCACAUAAGCCAUGAGUAAUCUCUUGCUAUAAGUGAACAUGGAACAUCUCAUAGGAUGUGUUUGUACUAAAACAAAACAAAGAAGCAAAGCCGCAAAACCUCUACUGCGUAUUUCUAUUAAAGUCCAUUGUUAAUGCGGACAGCUGUUCGUUUUAUCUGGCACCCUAGCUGGGGGCCCCUUAAGGAAAGGUGCCUGGUGAGUUUGGAGGUGUUUAGAUCCCUUUCUGAAGCUAUUGGGCAUAUUUGAUAGCAUAGGCAAGAUUUAUAGUACUAAGGUGUGGAUGUGUGCAUAUAUUUAUAAGCUGCUUUUGACUCACAAAAAGUCCCUUGUGUGGAUUUGACUUUUGUGCCCUUGCAUGUCAUCUGAUGAAGGCCCUUUGGUGGCUUGCCCUUUUUCCUUUCCCCAGGCCCCCCUGCCCACCUUUGCCUGCUCUACUGAGGCGGGCAAGGGAGGCGGGUGCCUCUACUGUGUUGCAACUGCCUUCUUGUGCUUGCUUUUUAAUGCUGCGCCCGAAGAUGAGGAGUGGGAAGGCCUCUUGUGCGCUGGAGACCGUCUGGGAGGACAGGCACAAGUAUGAGGGAGCCGAGCAGCGCUUCCACGAGCAGGAGGCCACACAAGCCGCCGCCACCUCUGUCCAGCAGCUCCUGGACGAAGUGCCAGCUGUGAACGGGCCCAGCCAGGAGGACACAGAGGACGCUGACGAGGCAGAGGCCCCAAACACCAGCAGCAGGAGUGAUCCCGGGAAGAGCCACGAGUGCAAGAAGCCGAUACAGAAAAAGAGGAAGCGCUCCCCGAAAAGUUGGCUUGGCCAGGCGGACCUGGCCCUCGUGGGCCUCUCGGCUGACCACGUAUGGUUGGACAAGCCACUCUUCGACCAGGCAGAAAGCUCCUAUCGCCAGAGGCUGGCAGAUGUAGCUGCUCAGGCAGCCCUGCCGCCUGCUCUGGCCCCUCAGGGGCCCUGUACACAUGGAAGCCAUGUGGCAUGCCACCAUGUGACCUGGGGGGUCUGGGUCAACAAGUCUUGCUUUGAUCAAGCCGAGCGGGCUUUUGUGGAGUGGUCUCAGUCCUUGCUGCUGGCUGCAGAGGGGAGCCGUAGGCAGGGGACUCCUGACACAGGCCAGCAGGCUGUCACUCCUGACCUGGCCUUGGCCUGCCAGCCUUGCCCACCAGCCAAUGGCCAGCCUCCUCUGGGCAGCCUGCAGGCACUGGUGCGGGAGGUGUGGCUGGAGAAGCCCCAGUACGAUGCUGCUGAGAGGGGCUUCUACGAGGCCCUGUUUGAUGGUCACCCCCCAGGGAAAGUGCGCCUGCAAGAGCGAGCCAGUCAGGCAGAGGGUACCCGGAGGGGCCGCCGAGACCGUCGGAGCCGCAAUAACGUAGGAAACAAGCGAGCUGGGUCAAAACGGGCCGACGGGGAGGCUGCUCCCUCCUUGCCCUACUGGUACUUCCUACACAAGGACGCAGAGGCCCCCUGGCUCAGCAAGCCUACCUACGACAGCGCUGAGUGUCGCCACCAUGCCGCUGAGGCCCUGCGCAUAGCCUGGCGCCUAGAAGCUGCCUCCCUGGCUCACCGACCCACGCCCCGUUCUGGCCCAUCCGUGUCCAGCCUGAGACCCAACAGAAGAAUGGCUACAAACUUUCUAGUGCAUGAGAAGGUCUGGUUUGACAAGUUUAAAUAUGACGAUGCAGAAAGGAGAUUCUACGAGCAGAUGAAUGGGCCUGUGACCUCUGGCUCCCGCCAGGAGAAUGGUGCCAGCGUGAUCCUCCGAGACAUUGCAAGAGCCAGAGAGAACAUCCAGAAAUCCUUGGCUGGACUCAAGGUGAUGCUGCCCAACUCCCCUGAGGCCUUGGGCCAGGCCACCCCUAGGACUAGCUCAGGCCCUGGAGCCUCCAGUGGACCUGGUGGAGACCACAGUGAGCUCAUUGUGAGGAUUACCAGUCUGGAAGUGGAGAACCAGAACCUUCGAGGCGUGGUGCAAGAUUUGCAGCAGGCCAUUUCCAAGUUGGAGGCCCGGCUGAGCUCUCUGGAGAAGAGUUCACCUACUCCCCGAGCCACGGCCCCACAGACCCAACAUGUCUCUCCUAUGCGGCAAGUGGAGCCCCCAACCAAGAAGGGAGGAGCCACACCAGCAGAGGACGAUGAGGACAAUGACAUCGACCUGUUCGGCAGUGAUGAGGAAGAGGAAGAUAAGGAGGCUGCCCGACUACGGGAGGAGAGGCUACGCCAGUACGCAGAGAAGAAGGCCAAGAAGCCCACACUGGUGGCCAAAUCCUCCAUCCUUUUGGAUGUUAAACCUUGGGAUGACGAGACUGACAUGGCCCAGCUAGAGACUUGUGUGCGUUCCAUCCAAUUGGACGGGCUAGUUUGGGGGGCCUCCAAGCUCGUGCCUGUUGGCUAUGGUAUCCGGAAGCUGCAGAUCCAGUGUGUGGUGGAGGAUGACAAAGUGGGCACCGACUUGCUCGAGGAGGAGAUCACCAAGUUUGAGGAGCAUGUGCAGAGUGUCGACAUCGCAGCUUUCAACAAGAUCUGAACGUCUGAGAGUGUGUGGUUUCAUGUGUGUGAGAACCUGCUGAGAUUAAAGACUGAGACUCUGCA